CCAUUAUGUGAUCUACGUUUGUAGCUGAAUCCGCAGCACUGUGUGCCGACGCUCGUGGACAGUGGAUUUGCUCUAUGGGAGUCUCGGGCGAUCAUGUGCUAUCUGGUGGAGCAGUACGGGAAACCGUGCAACAACGACUCUCUGUAUCCGACCGAUCCACAAAAACGAGCCAUCGUCAACCAGCGCUUGUAUUUCGACAUGGGAACGCUGUAUCAGCGCUUCGGCGACUACUAUUAUCCACAAAUCUUCGAGGGAGCACCAGCUAAUGAGGCAAACUUUGCAAAAAUUGGGGAAGCUUUAGCGUUUCUCGAUACUUUUCUCGAGGGUGAACGGUUUGUGGCGGGAGGAAAUGGUUAUUCGUUAGCUGAUAUUAGCCUGUACGCAACACUUACUACGUUCGAGGUGGCAGGGUAUGACUUCAGUGCGUAUGUAAAUGUUUUGCGAUGGUAUAAGAGCAUGCCCGAAUUGAUUCCCGCUGCGGAAACAAAUCGAAACUGGGCGGAAGCAGCUAGGCCAUUUUUCGAUAAAGUGAAACAUUGAACGGUUGUGCUCGUAAAAAAUUGCACACUAGACAAUAAAGAACACGUGUGCACACAUUAAUAUAAACACCUGUUGGGUGCAUUCCUUAUAUAGUUGUAAAUUUCU